UACUGCAUUCCCUUUUCAAUGGCUCGGGUACCAAUAAAUAGCCGAGAACAUUUUUGCUGCCACAAGUUCAUUAACAGCCAGUUUAAUUGAAAAAACCGGAGGUUUUUACACCAAGAAAAUCUUUGAAAUUGGUCAAUUUAGUUCAACAAAAAUGAGGUUACUUAUUUUUGGUUUAGUUCUUGGCAGUGUCUUUGUUGCUGCACAUUCCCAAAAGAAGAUGGUGUGCUACUAUGGCACAUGGGCAGUAUAUCGACCAGGAAACGGAAAAUUUGAUGUUGAGAACAUUGACACCAACCUCUGCACGCACAUUAUUUACGGGUUCACUGGACUCGGUGUCGAUAACACCAUCACGUGCCUCGAUCCUUGGAAUGAUCUUGAUCCUAGUGAGGGAGGUGGAAAAGGAGCAUUAAACAGAUUCACCGGCUUGAAAAGAAAAAAUCCAUCGAUGAAGGCACUGGUUGCAAUAGGUGGAUGGAAUGAAGGCUCUGAAAAAUACUCAAAGAUGGUAUCUGAUCCUGCAAAAAGAUCCAUUUUUGUCAACUCGGUGGUAAACUUUAUUCGAAAGUACAACUUUGACGGCUUAGAUUUCGACUGGGAAUAUCCAGCUAACCGAGGUGGCGUCCCUUCCGAUAAGCAAAACUUUGUUAGCAUGAUUCAAGAACUUAAAACGGCUUUUGCUCCAUAUGGCUGGAUAUUAACAGCUGCGGUGUCUCCAGGGAAAUCAACAAUCGAUUCUGCAUAUGACAUUCCAGCAGUUGGAAACAUAUUGGAUCAAGUCCACGUUAUGACAUAUGAUUACCAUGGAGCGUGGGAACCUUACACAGGUUUAAAUUCACCACUCUUCUCUAACCCUGCAUUUGACAUAGGCAGUGAUAGUCUUUUGAACGCGAAUUGGACGAUCAACUACUGGAUAUCGAAUGGCGUACCUCGAUCGAAAAUCAUCAUGGGUAUGCCGCUUUACGGUCGUGGAUUUGUCUUGGAUAAUGCCGCCGUGAAUGGUUUCUACGCUCCAGCCGCUCUCCCCAUUCCCGAAGGCCCGUAUACAAGACAAAAUGGCACUUGGGGAUACAACGAAAUUUGCGAGAAAUUCGCAUUCGAAUCUGGAUGGACAGUUGUACGCGAUUCCUGUUAUCAGGCCCCCUAUGCAUACAGAGGAAGCCUCUGGAUAGGAUACGAUGAUACACAAUCAUUGAAGACAAAGGGUCAAAUGGUUGCUGCUAUGGAUCUUGGUGGUGCACUUAUUUGGGAGAUGGACACAGACGACUUCCGUGGUAUUUGUCAUGGAACACCGUUCAUUUUAACCAAAUCAAUUAUCGAAGGAAUGAAUGGUCCCAAUAAUCUUAUGCCGACUCCAUGCCCUGCUAGUGUGACAACCACAACAACCACAACUACUACCGUCUCCACAACAACUAUACCCCCCACAACUACACCUACUACAACUACAACUAAACCCACUACAACUACAACUAAACCCACCACAACUACAACUACACCUACCACAACUAAACCCACCACAACUACAACUACACCUACCACAACUAAACCCACCACAACUACAACUACACCUACCACAACUACAACUACACCUACCACAACUACAACUACACCUACCACAACUAAACCCACCACAACUACAACUACACCUACCACAACUAAACCCACCACAACUACAACUACACCUACCACAACUAAACCCACCACAACUACAACUACCACCACAACAACAACGACUGCUAAGCCUCCCACGACGACUUCUACAACUACUACGACAGUAGCUCCAACAACUGCUGCACCAACACCAUCAGUACCAACGUAUCCUCCAAGCUACUAUUGCAAAAGAGAAGGCUAUAAUGCUGAUCCGGAUGAUUGCGGCGUCUUCCACCAGUGCGUUUAUUACGAGGAGACUGGAUGGCAAGAUUUUGUUCGACCUUGUGCCCUCGGAACAGUUUUCAGCGAAAGCCUGUACACGUGCGCCCAACCAGAAUUGGUUCCCGGAUGUGAAUUCUACUACUUAACGACUACGACAUAGUUGACGAACAGCCACAAUCUGUUGCUAAACAUUUUAGUAUUCGCAUACGGGAUUUUUCUUUAACUCUAUCAUUUAUGAUAAUACGCCAGUAGCUUUAAAAAAAAAAUACAUUCGUGUAUCCUAUAGCGGUGGUGGAUUAAUGUGUGAAACGGACCAUUACUCGUGAUACACCAAUACAGAGAUAUCCAUUUAA